AUGGCUGACCAGAGUCGCCAAGCCCCGACCAAGGCGUACCACCGCAAAGUGAAGACGGGGUGCCUCACAUGCAAAAUCCGACGAGUUCGCUGCGACCAGCAGAAACCCUCAUGCAACCGCUGCGUCUCUACCGGUCGUAAAUGUGACGGCUACGCCCAGCCGGGCACCAAGUCGCCGUCACCCCCCGGAUCAUCCUCAUCCCCUUCCCCCUCUGCGCAUGAAUCCCGCCAGCUGCAGAUCCGCCCCCGAAGACUGUCGCCGGCUGCAUCUGUCAUCACCUCCGCCACGCCCACCAGGAUCCUGCUGCCUCACAAGGACCCGGACGAACUCCAGGUGUACAGCUACUUCCUCCAGGUCGCCGCGCCGUCCAUUUCCGGCGUCUUCGGCUCCGAGUUCUGGCUCCGCGAGGUGCCCCGGUUCUGCCUCUCGGACCCGGCGAUAUGGCACGCCGUCACUGCGCUGGGCACCGUGUGCCGCGACUACGACUUCAGGACGUGCUCGACGGCGGAGAAUGUCUUUGCGAUGCAGCAGAUCGGGACCUCGCUGCAGCAUCUGACGCAGCCCAGGUCGGCGUCGAGUAUGGAUAGGUGGCGGGCCCUCAUCGCGAGUAUCUUAUUCACUUGUAUUUCCGUCGUCCAGGGGUCGUACUCGCAGGCGCUGGUGCAUGUCAGCUCGGGAGCCAAGAUCUUCCGCGAGCUUGAGGACGAGGACAAGGCGCUGAGAAAGGGGAGAGGGGGCACCGGCCGGGCGUCUCUGUCCCCCAUAUCCUUCUCUUCCGUGCGGUCGGUCCUCAUCACGUUCCAGAUCCAGCAGAGCAUAGUGGACCCCAGCGACAUCCUCGGCUCGCCGUCGAUAGAGUCCCACGACGACAGUUAUUCAGCCUGGAGGACGUACUCUGCGCCGGACCGGACCGCCAUCCCGGGCCAUGUGCUGACCCCAGACAAUAUCAUACGCGCCACCCGCGCCGGGGAGGCCCUCAUCUUCGGCUUGUCCUUCUUCCCGGCGCUGUAUUUCGAGGAGCUGUUGGCGCUCGUCGCGAGCAGGGAGCUGCAGCUCCCCUCGAUAGCGGCGAAGCAGCGGAGCCAUACCCGGUGUUUCAAGGAAAUUGGGAAGGCCAUCGCCCUCUUCGAGGAUGCGUUGAUGUCUACCGCUGGGGGGUUCACCAUCAGCGUGGUGGACAGCAGCAGCAGCAGCAGCAGCGGAGCCUCGAUCCGGGCACAGAUCGAGAAGGCGCUCAAGUACUUGCGCGUCUACCACCAUACCAGCCGGUUACUUCUGCACCGGGACCCGGACGAGCAGAAUCCGAUCAAGCGUCUGCCUGUCCUGAAGAGGCUGUGCGAGACGAUUGUCAAUCUGUGCGAGGAGCUCAUGGACCUUGAGGCGACGGGGUACGGGAACAGCGACGGGACGUAUCUCAUCCCCAGCCCUCCGCUCACCAACCCCCUCUCGAUAGUGGCCUUGCUGGGAUUCGGGCUUGCCACAAGACGACGCGCCGUCGCUCUCUUGCGGAGGCCUAGACUUGAGGGGGUGUGGGACACGCAGCUGUCUGCGAGCAUCAUCGAGGCGUCGAUGGAGCGGCAAAUGGAAGCGAGGGACGAAUAUUAUGCGGCUGUAGAAAGGGAAGGGGGGAUCAUUCCGCAGCCGGUGGCCAGGGGGACGGGAGUUGAGGAGGUGGAUAAUGGGGUGCAUCCUCAGUUCCGGUCGGCGGGAUUCUCCAUGGUCUUUACGGGUGACCGGUCGGCGGAUGUGUCGAUUCGUAUAUGGCGGGAUCUGCUUGAUGGGAAGCCUCCGUAUUUGAAGCGUAUAGAGUGGUGA